GGGGGGUGGGUGGGCGUGUUGGCAGUUUGUGUUGUGAGAAGCCGCAGUUUGUGUUGUGAGAAGCCCUCGCUGCCAGUUGCAAUAACAGUGACUAUGGGCACCUCUUGUGCCCCCCUCCCUAACUGCCGAGCCCUUGCCCCCAGGCCCCGAGCUCAAUUACUUUAAGUUCCCAGCACUGGGGAAAUUUCCGUGGAGUUUGGCCGAUGGCCAGCGUGAAUUGCAAAACUGCCGUCUCCCUGUUCAAGCGGACUCUCUCUCUGGGCCCAGCUCAGAAGCCUUGUGGCCAGCGUUCGCUACUGACUGCCAGUCGGCUACAGGACAGGGGCCUAAAGGAAGGCCGCACGGUGCAGAUAUGCUUUGCCCCCCAGAGUCAGGCAGUGUGCAGGGUUCAUCCCGUCUAUUUCCUCCAACAGGACUCCAUGAGCGACAGCCUGCAGACCUGCUACCGAUACCUCAAUGAGACCAGCAGGAGUUUCGCCGCUGUUAUACAAGCGCUGGAUGGGGAGUUGCGGCACGCGGUGUGUAUAUUCUACCUGGUGCUGAGGGCUCUGGAUACGGUGGAGGACGACAUGACCAUCGCUCUGGAGACAAAGACCCCCAUGUUGCACGACUUUCACACCUACCUGUACCAGGCCGACUGGAGGUACAUGGACAGUAAAGAGAAGGACAAGCAGGUGCUGGAGGAUUUCCCCACGAUUUCCCUGGAAUUCAGGAAACUGGCAGUGAUUUACCAGGAAGUCAUUGCCGAUAUCUGUCACAAGAUGGGAGUCGGAAUGGCUGAAUAUUUGGAAAAGAAGGUCCAGACCCUGCAGGAAUGGGACCAGUACUGUCACUACGUCGCUGGACUUGUCGGCAUCGGAUUGUCUCGUCUGUUUUCUGCCUCCGAACUGGAAGAUCCCAUCGUGGGACUGGAUACCCAGCUCUCUAAUUCCAUGGGACUGUUCCUGCAGAAAACCAACAUCAUCCGAGACUACCUGGAGGACCAGACGGAAGGCCGAGAGUUCUGGCCCAAAGAGGUUUGGGGCAAGUAUGGGAAGAAGCUGUCGGAUUUGGCAAACCCGGAGAAGAUUAUCCCAGCGGUGCAUUGUAUGAAUGAGCUCAUCACCAACGCAUUACAUCAUGUCCCCGACGUCCUCACUUAUCUGUCCCGGCUAAAGAACCAGAGCGUCUUCAACUUCUGCGCAAUUCCACAGGUGAUGGCCAUUGCCACUUUGGCCGCAUGUUACAACAACCAGCAAGUGUACAAAGGGGUUGUAAAGAUCCGCAAAGGGCAGGCGGUGACCCUAAUGAUGGACGCCACCAAUAUAGAGGCAGUGAGAGCCAUCAUGUACCAGUAUGUAGAGGAGAUCUACCAGAAAAUCCCCCUCACAGACCCCUCGUCGGGCCGCACCCAACACAUCAUCGCUUCAGUCAGGAAUCUGAGUUUAUCCGACGGCUCAUUGGCUUCCCGGAACCAUUUCUCCCCCAUUUACUUGUCGUGUGCGAUGCUAUUGGCUGCCAUCAGCUGGCAGUAUCUCAGCACCGUGUCCCAGGUAUCCGAGGAGGUUCAUAGUCGCCAGUGAUUGCUCCCCGGGAUGCUGGGCUCCUUCUCACUACAGCAGGGUCUCGUGCAAGCACAAAGGGAACGUUCUGCCCCCCAAAUGGACUUUAUUUAUACAAAGGAUCAUGGGAUUGAAUCGAUAAGAUCCCGAUGAUGGAAACUUUGUAUAAAAGAUAAUAGCACUUAAUGCACCUUUAUCUGGACUCAGCCGCCAUACAUACCCCCAAAGGAUCAUUUUAAGUUGAUUUUAUUGGCUAUUUCUCUAAACCGCUGACCAUCCUGAUUGGCUCUCCCAGCUCAUGACACUUGCCAAGCUACUGCCUGUCAUCAGGACGACAUUGGUGGUUUUGGGAGAGACAAGAGGCCGUUUUAUUGGUUUUCAGGUUCUGAGAUGAAUCGCGCCGGCUGGACAAUAUCUUGUGAGAGUCCUGUGCGGAACCAAUUUGUUAAACUUGAACCCGACCCGCCACCCGCAUACUUACCCACUUGGACCCACAAGUACCUUAUCC